CGGUGGCGCGCGAGCCCGAAAGAACCCACCGAGCCCGCGCGAGCCCGCUCCCGCCUCCCCCGCUCCCACAAUGCACCGCGGGCGGCCGGGGAGGGGACUGCGGCGGCGGACGGCGGCCCGGAGGAUGCGCGCGCGGCGCGCUGGGCGGUGAGGAGGCCCCGCCCGGCCCCGCCCCGGUCCCGCCCCGGUCGCGCGGCUCCGAGGGGCGAGCGGCGGCCCACGCGUGGCAGGCGUCACGGCGCCAUGGCGGCGUCCGAGCUCUACACAAAGUUUGCCAGGGUUUGGAUUCCUGAUCCCGAGGAGGUGUGGCGAUCAGCAGAGCUGCUGCGUGAUUACAAGCCUGGAGAUAAAACCCUCCUGCUGCGCCUGGAGGAAGGGAAGGACCUGGAAUACCGUCUGGAUCCAAAGACCAAGGAGCUGCCUCACCUGCGCAACCCUGACAUCCUGGUGGGUGAGAAUGACCUCACGGCCCUCAGCUACCUGCACGAGCCUGCGGUGCUCCACAACCUCCGGGUCCGCUUCAUUGACUCCAAACUCAUCUACACGUACUGUGGUAUAGUCCUGGUGGCUAUAAACCCCUAUGAGCAGCUGCCUAUUUAUGGAGAAGAUAUCAUCAACGCAUACAGUGGGCAGAACAUGGGUGACAUGGACCCACACAUCUUUGCAGUGGCAGAAGAAGCUUACAAGCAGAUGGCCAGAGAUGAACGGAAUCAGUCCAUCAUCGUGAGUGGAGAAUCUGGGGCAGGAAAAACGGUCUCUGCCAAGUAUGCCAUGCGCUACUUCGCCACUGUGAGUGGCUCUGCGAGCGAGGCCAAUGUUGAGGAGAAGGUCCUGGCCUCCAACCCCAUCAUGGAGUCAAUUGGAAAUGCUAAAACAACCAGGAAUGAUAAUAGCAGUCGUUUUGGGAAGUAUAUUGAGAUUGGUUUCGAUAAGAGAUACCGAAUCAUUGGUGCCAACAUGAGGACUUACCUCUUAGAGAAAUCUCGAGUAGUGUUCCAGGCAGAAGAGGAGAGAAACUAUCAUAUCUUCUAUCAGCUUUGUGCCUCAGCAAAGUUACCUGAAUUUAAAAUGCUGCAAUUAGGAGCCGCAGACAGCUUCCAUUACACCAAGCAGGGGGGCAGCCCUGUGAUCGAAGGGGUGGAUGACGCCAGGGAGAUGGCUCACACCAGGCAGGCCUGCACACUGCUGGGAAUUAGUGAAUCUUAUCAAAUGGGAAUUUUUCGAAUACUUGCUGGCAUCCUUCACUUGGGAAAUGUUGGGUUUGUGUCCCGAGAUUCAGACAGCUGCACAAUACCUCCCAAGCAUGAACCUCUCAGCGUCUUCUGUGACCUCAUGGGUGUGGAAUAUGAGGAGAUGUGCCACUGGCUCUGCCAUCGAAAGCUGGCCACUGCCACGGAGACGUACAUCAAGCCCAUUUCCAAGCUGCAGGCCACAAACGCCCGAGAUGCGUUGGCCAAACACAUCUACGCCAAGCUCUUUGGCUGGAUCGUGGGCCACGUCAAUCAGGCUCUGCAUUCUGCUGUCAAGCAGCACUCUUUCAUUGGAGUGCUGGACAUCUAUGGGUUCGAAACAUUUGAAAUAAAUAGUUUUGAACAGUUUUGCAUAAAUUAUGCAAAUGAAAAACUACAGCAACAAUUCAACAUGCAUGUCUUCAAAUUGGAACAAGAGGAAUACAUGAAGGAACAGAUUCCAUGGACACUCAUAGAUUUUUACGAUAAUCAGCCCUGUAUCAACCUUAUAGAGUCUAAACUGGGCAUUCUAGAUUUGCUGGAUGAGGAAUGUAAGAUGCCUAAAGGAACAGAUGACACUUGGGCACAAAAAUUGUACAACACACAUUUGAACAAAUGUGCACUCUUUGAAAAGCCCCGUCUGUCAAACAAAGCUUUCAUCAUCCAGCAUUUUGCUGACAAAGUGGAAUAUCAGUGUGAAGGCUUUCUUGAAAAGAAUAAAGACACCGUUUUUGAAGAACAAAUUCAAGUUCUUAAGUCAAGCAAGUUUAAGAUGCUACCGGAACUUUUUCAAGAUGAUGAGAAGGCCAUCAGCCCAACCUCAGCCACACCCUCAGGGCGCACACCUCUCAGCCGUGUUCCUUCAAAGCCCACCAAGGGCAGACCAGGCCAGCUGACCAAAGAGCACAAGAAGACGGUAGGGCACCAGUUCCGUAACUCCCUCCACCUGCUCAUGGAGACCCUCAAUGCUACCACUCCUCAUUACGUGCGCUGUAUCAAGCCAAAUGACUUCAAGUUUCCGUUCACGUUCGACGAGAAGAGGGCAGUGCAGCAGCUGAGAGCGUGCGGGGUCCUGGAGACCAUCCGGAUCAGUGCAGCGGGGUUCCCCUCACGGUGGACUUACCAAGAAUUUUUCAGCCGCUAUCGUGUGCUAAUGAAGCAGAAAGACGUGCUGGGUGACCGGAAGCAGACAUGCAAGAAGGUGUUAGAGAAGCUAAUCCUGGACAAGGACAAAUACCAGUUUGGUAAGACAAAGAUCUUCUUCCGUGCCGGUCAAGUGGCCUACCUGGAAAAACUGAGGGCAGACAAGCUGCGGGCCGCCUGCAUCCGGAUCCAGAAGACGAUCCGGGGCUGGCUGCUGAGGAAGAAGUUCCUGCGUAUGCGAAGGGCGGCCGUGACCAUGCAGAGAUUUGUGCGCGGCUACCAGGCCCGCUGCUAUGCCAAGUUCCUGCGCAGGACCAAGGCGGCCACUGUCAUUCAGAAGUACUGGCGCAUGUAUGUGGUCCGCCGGAGGUACAAGACAAGACGAGCUGCCACGAUUGUCCUCCAGGCAUGUUUGCGAGGCUACCUGGCCAGAAAUAGGUAUCACAAGAUGCUUCGAGAGCACAAGGCUGUCAUCAUUCAGAAGUGGGUCCGGGGCUGGCUGGCCCGCACCCACUACCGGCGGUGCCUGCAGGCUAUUGUCUACCUUCAGUGCUGUUUCCGGCGGAUGAUGGCCAAACGGGAGCUGAAGAAGCUCAAAAUUGAAGCACGCUCCGUGGAACGCUAUAAGAAGCUGCACAUUGGCAUGGAGAACAAGAUUAUGCAGUUGCAGCGCAAAGUUGAUGAGCAGAAUAAAGACUACAAAUGCCUCAUGGAGAAACUGACCAGUCUGGAAGGAACGUACAACUCUGAGACAGAGAAACUACGAAGUGACUUAGAACGCCUCCAGCUAAGCGAGGAGGAAGCCAAGGUCGCCACUGGCCGGGUGCUCAGCCUGCAGGAAGAGCUUGCCCGGCUGCAGAAAGACUUGGAGCAAACUCAGUCAGAGAAGAAGUCCAUCGAAGAACGGGCAGACAGAUACAAACAAGAAACUGAGCAGCUGGUGUCAAAUCUGAAGGAGGAAAACACUUUGCUGAAGCAGGAGAAAGAGUCCCUCAAUCACUUUAUCAUGGAGCAGGCCAAGGAGAUAACAGAAACAAUGGAGAAGAAGCUGGUAGAAGAAACAAAGCAACUGGAGCUCGACCUGAACGAUGAGAGGCUGAGAUACCAGAACCUUCUGAAUGAGUUCAGCCGCCUGGAAGAACGCUAUGAUGACCUCAGGGAGGAGAUGGCCCUAAUGGCGACUGUGUCUAAGCCUGGACACAAAAGAACAGACUCCACCCACAGCAGCAAUGAAUCAGAAUAUACCUUUAGCUCCGAGAUUGCAGAAACCGAGGAUGUUCCAUCGAGGGCCGAGGAGCUGAGCGAGAAGAAGGUGCCCCUGGACAUGUCCCUGUUCCUCAAGCUCCAGAAGCGGGUCACAGAGCUGGAGCAGGAGAAGCAGGUGAUGCAGGACGAGCUGGACCGCAAGGAAGAGCAGAUGCUGCGCAGCAAGGCCAAGGAAGAAGAAAGACCACAAAUCAGAGGUGCAGAACUGGAGUACGAGUCCCUCAAGCGUCAAGAACUGGAGUCAGAAAACAAAAAACUGAAAAAUGAGCUGAAUGAGUUACGCAAGUCCCUUAGUGAGAAGAGCGCCCCAGAAGUGACUGCUCCAGGUGCGCCUGCCUACCGCGUCCUCAUGGAGCAGCUGACCUCUGUGAGCGAGGAGCUGGACGUCCGCAAGGAGGAGGUCCUCAUCCUGAGGUCCCAGCUGGUGAGCCAGAAGGAGGCUGUGCAGCCCAAGAACACAAUGACAGAUGCCACAAUACUUUUGGAAGAUGUGCAGAAAAUGAAAGAUAAAGGUGAAAUUGCACAAGCAUAUAUAGGUUUGAAAGAAACAAACAGACCAUCCGCUCUGGAUUGCCGUGAGUUGAAUGAGGACGGAGAGCUGUGGCUGGUUUAUGAAGGGCUAAAACAAGCCAACAGGCUCCUGGAGUCCCAGCUGCAGUCGCAGAAGAGGAGCCACGAGAAUGAGGCCGAGGCCCUCCGAGGGGAGAUCCAGAGCCUGAAAGAGGAGAAUAACCGGCAGCAGCAGCUGCUGGCCCAGAACCUGCAGCUGCCCCCAGAGGCCCGCAUCGAGGCCAGCCUGCAGCAUGAGAUCACGCGGCUGACCAACGAGAACCUGUAUUUUGAGGAAUUAUAUGCAGAUGACCCUAAGAAGUAUCAGUCAUACCGGAUUUCACUUUACAGACGGAUGAUUGAUUUGAUGGAACAACUGGAAAAACAGGAUAAGACUGUCCGGAAACUGAAAAAACAGCUCAAAGUAUUUGCGAAAAAAAUUGGCGAGCUAGAAGUGGGCCAGAUGGAGAACAUUUCUCCAGGACAGAUCAUUGAUGAACCUAUCCGUCCAGUUAACAUUCCCAGGAAAGAGAAGGACUUCCAAGGAAUGCUGGAGUACAAGAAGGAGGACGAGCAAAAGCUUGUGAAGAACCUGAUUCUAGAACUGAAGCCUCGUGGUGUGGCGGUCAACUUGAUUCCCGGGUUGCCGGCCUACAUUCUGUUCAUGUGUGUUCGGCACGCUGACUACCUGAACGAUGAUCAGAAAGUGAGGUCGCUGCUCACGUCCACCAUCAACAGCAUCAAGAAGGUGCUGAAGAAAAGAGGCGAUGAUUUUGAAACUGUCUCCUUCUGGCUCUCUAACACAUGCCGAUUUUUGCACUGUUUGAAGCAGUACAGUGGAGAAGAGGGCUUCAUGAAGCACAACACUGCCCGCCAGAAUGAGCACUGCCUCACCAACUUCGACCUGGCGGAGUACCGGCAGGUGCUGAGCGACCUGGCCAUCCAGAUCUACCAGCAGCUCGUGCGGGUGCUGGAGAACAUCCUGCAGCCCAUGAUCGUCUCAGGCAUGCUGGAGCACGAGACCAUCCAGGGCGUGUCUGGCGUGAAGCCCACUGGGCUGCGGAAGCGCACCUCCAGCAUCGCCGAUGAGGGCACCUACACACUGGACUCCAUCCUGCGGCAGCUCAACUCCUUCCACUCGGUCAUGUGCCAGCAUGGCAUGGACCCCGAGCUCAUCAAGCAGGUGGUGAAGCAGAUGUUCUACAUCGUGGGGGCUGUCACACUGAACAACCUCCUGCUGCGGAAGGACAUGUGCUCCUGGAGCAAAGGCAUGCAGAUCAGGUACAAUGUCAGUCAGCUGGAAGAAUGGCUCCGUGACAAGAAUCUGAUGAACAGCGGAGCCAAAGAAACCCUGGAGCCGCUCAUCCAGGCUGCUCAGCUCCUGCAGGUGAAGAAGAAAACGGAUGAUGACGCAGAAGCCAUCUGUUCCAUGUGCAACGCGCUCACCACGGCCCAGAUUGUCAAAGUAUUGAACCUGUACACCCCAGUCAACGAGUUCGAGGAGAGGGUCUCCGUGGCCUUCAUCCGAACCAUACAGAUGCGUUUACGAGACAGGAAGGACUCCCCUCAGCUGCUCAUGGAUGCUAAGCACAUCUUUCCUGUCACCUUUCCCUUCAACCCAUCCUCCCUCGCCUUGGAGACCAUCCAGAUCCCCGCCAGCCUGGGCCUGGGAUUCAUCUCACGGGUCUGAGAGUGGUGAGCUGGCGGGUGUGGACAGACAGUGUGGUGUUGCCUAGAUGAGAACCUCACUUCCAGUGAGCCACGGAAGACACCUUCCUAAGCAAAAGUACUGCUUAGCUCUCAAACAAGAAGGUAACUGGAAAUCCCCUGGAAUUCGCCCAUCAUCUCCAGUAAAAAGAUGGGUUUCUUUGAGCCGUGUCAUGCUGAGAGCAACACUCGUCCUCAGUCCGCCAGGUGUUCUGAGUUUCCAUGUAACCCAACAAUGGCAGGGAGGGAGGAAAGGAAAGAAGAGGAGGGAGCAGAGUGCAUCUUUGCCUGCCAGCGUUUAUUUUAAAUCCUUAGCACUGCAUUUAAGUAGAUAAAAACAUAAACUGUAUAUAUAUAUGUGUAUAUAUAUAUAUGCACAUAUACAUACACACACAUGAGCUCUCAUUAGGAAGAUACCAACAAAGAACCUCUGCAUGAAACAGAAAGGAAAGUGGCUACUGAAUACAUAACAGUUUAGGAAUCAGUUAUGUCAGUACCGCCAAACUGGAUCAAAGAAAUAAACUGGCACUAUGUAAAGUAACUUGCCAAGAAGCACCCUCAUCUCUGCCCUGUGACACAGAGAUAACGGAGGGAAAGGCAGCUGGCUGCACAGCAUAGGUGCCCGCUGAGCAUCUGAAACUGCGGCUGCGUAUCUUCUGACUAUCAGUGGUACGCGCAGUUCCACAGUGAUAAGCUUCUCCUACACCUGUUUACAGUUCAGUCAGUUCUACCUGGACUUUAUGCAAAUGCCCACAGGUUCACCUGCAGAAGUAGCAGACACUGGGAUGUCCUCCUGUAGAUAUGAGAAAAUGCUUGAUAGCUAGGUGUAAGAUUCACACAGUGGUGAAGCUGAUGUCACUAUUUAUUUGAGAUGUGUUUCGUUGGUGGGUGUGUUAAUUUCCUUGGCUGGUUAUCGCUUCUGGGGCAGUGUUCUGUGUAGUAACUUAUUUUAGUUCCUUGCUCUGAUUCUUGCAGUACAUAUUUUCAACCUUGACAGGUUUCUUUCCUUUUCUUAAUUUAUUAAGAAUUAAUCUCAGACAUUAUCUAAAAAGAAUUAUCAGAAUAUUCAUAAUUCAGGUCUUAAAACUUUGAUUAUAUUAUAAAUUAUGCAAAGAAAGUGUAUAAUAAAUAGUUAUAAUUCAGUUUUUUAAGGUUCAGAAAUGUCUAUAAAUGCCACUAGGUACUUUAAGAAACAUUUUGUUAGACACAUCUUAAAACAUACAAGCUAAAAGAUUGUUGAGUUUUACAGAGGAUUUGGUUCAGUAAGAUCUAGGUUUUUAAAAUUAAUUUCAUUGGUACAUUUCAGAUAUAUAUAAUAUUCAUCAUAAGGAAUUUAUGCCUGUACAUAAUAAGUCUUGAUUCUUUUUUUCCCCAAUCCCCACCAUUCCCUUCAACCCAGGUCUAUAUUUUCAUUCUGAAAUUCUAAACAAACAUAUUCUCCAUUUUACUCAGAAACCUUUUGCAGUACCUCCUUCGGGUUGUACAAAAUCAAGUCAUUAGCUUUCAUUAGAAAUUCCAGCUCUAAAAUACAGUCAUAGGUUUCUGUGUUUAACUGUUAGCCUAUAAAAAUGACAUCUUAUUAAAAUACAUGCAAUAUUACUUAUGGAAGUCAAAUAGUUUCAAGUCAGUGAUAAAGAUUGUUAUUAAAAGGUUCGUGCUGUCUCUUAACUUAUUUGAGCCUCAGUCUCCUUUCAAAAGAUAAGAAGAGUGGGAAGCUGGUUCCAGAGGUCCCCCUGUGACCCCUCGUGGGCCCUGGAGAGCAGAGCCGCACCACCACCCCGCCCCGCCCCUGGGCCCCAGUGCACAGCGCCCACCACCCUUCCAGUUCCCAAGAGGUAGCACCACACGGUACAUAGCUGGCAGCCUUUGGCUGUGUUCACGACUCAGACACGUGCGUUUUGAAAGCCCUGCUGUAGCUUUCACUGUGUUAAUUUCAUCCAGCUGCGUACUGCUGUCCUCCGGGUCCACGCUUGGGUUGAUUGGCGGUGUCAGCACUGACUGCCCGUUCAGGUAGACCCUGCGCCUGCCCUUAUCACGGGACCUUCUGUGAGCAGGGACUCUUGCAGUCCAAGAGCACAUAGGUGGCAGUGUGGUGGAGGCUGCCCCCAGUGCUUGCCAUCCUCCACAGUGCCCUACUCACCGUGUGUGGUGGGACUGGUGGUGUCCUGAGCCUUCCCCUAUGUCAGGGUCCCCGAGCUCCCCCUGUGGUCGCAGCCCUGUUUCUCGUUCGCUGGGACCCGUGUCCUGAGGUACCUCAUCCCUGUCUUCAGGGUUCCUGCUGCCCAGUUCUGGGGUCACUGUCCCUUGCCUGGGCGCCCUGUGCCAUUUCUUCUGUUCCAGGUUGGGGGGGUGACAUCUCUGCUGUCCCAGGGCUGCACCUUCCAAGGCCUCCCCAGAGCUCCACUUAGGGAUCCGAAGUAGCUUCUCUGAGUUGCCUGAAAAUGUCCAGUGGUGGCGAGAAGCCUUCCAGCCUGGACCCGGGACCUGGCCAGCAACUGUUCCCUUGCUGGCAGCACCGGGGGUCCUCUGGCCAGGGUGGGGCCUGCCCACCUUUCCUGUUGCCCACCUGCUCUCCACACUUCUGCCUCCUCCUCAGCACACUACCUCCCUGGAAGGAGGCCACGGGGUCUCAUGGCAGCUGCCCUGCACACACGCUUGUCCUCUCUUUUUGCAGCCACAUCUGCUUUGACAUGAGAGCUUACCCUUCUCUGGCACACAGGGCAGAGCACAGGGAGACUUUGUCCUGGGAUGCAGGGGACUGAACCUAGGCCUUCAUGCCGAGCCACAGCUCUUUGCCUCCCACCCCUUCCCACAUCCCUGCCAAUCCACUGCCCUCAGCAUAGGCUCCAUGGGCCCCUCACAAGACGGUGAAGAACAAGUGGGGAACGUGCCCCCCAAAGUGGAACCUCAUGCUUCUCGCUGAGUGCCUGACACCACCUUCUUCAGAUGCACCCGCAGUCUGUGUCACUUUGGGGGAUGGGUUUUGUUGCCCUCAGCUCGGAGGUGAUUGAGAGCUUGCCAUUUAUGGGCAGUGGUGCUGGAUGCAGCUCAGGGAGAGGAUGUAGCUGGGAGACUCGAGGCAGGAUCUCGGCAGUGUGAUGAUAGAAGAAACCACUUCCUGUUACCCCAGGAAAAUGGGCCCCGCAGCGCUUCUGAGGGGUCCUUACACCACACACAUUCACUCACACACAUGCACACGCCCUUGGAGGACCCGGGAAUACAGUCACUUUCUGUAAGGCCCCGGCCUAGAGUAAAUCAGAAAGCAGCACCCGGCGCCCCCUGGUGGCCAUCAUAGCCAUGUCAGGUGCUGGGCUCAGGGGUGCCUUUGCCCUUGCCAGUAUCGCAGUCUGAUGGGCCUACCGAGGUCACCUUGCAGUCUUCUGUCCCAGGAGCCCUGAGCUUGGUGCACAGUGACCAAAGCUGCAGGCCACUGUCCCCAGUCACACCCUGCAGAGCCACAGGUGAGGUCGGGCCACCCUCUCUGUCAGAGAGCUCAGGGCAGGUGCAAGUGGCCAUGGGUGUGCUUAGUGUCAGGGAACAGGACCUCAAGCACUGGCAUGCCAGGGUGCAUGAGGACAUGCGUGCACCUCAGGUGGGAGCAAUUGCAGCCCCAGGCGUGAUGGACCCAUGUGGUGUACACAUGCACAUGUGUGUGUUAGCAGAUGUGCCAGGAGUUCAGGUGUGCGUGUCAGGGGCAUGUGUGUCACCAUGGCUUCUGUCAGGAGGAGUGCACAGCUGGUUCUCAGGUGCCAUCAGGCCACCUCCCCUGUCCAUCCUUCUCCAAGCUGCCUCACAUCCCCGCCGGAACCAGGCCACUCCCCGUUCCCCUCCUGCACUACCUCCUCUCCCGUAUCUUUUCCAUCUUUUCUUGUCAUCUGCAACAUGGCCAGCACCAGUGCUGCCACCUGGAGAGCCCCGAGGUACUGAGGCUGUGUCACCAUGAGAGCAGUCCGGCCUCACGGAUGCCUCGUUUCCCAGCAGCCCUUUCUUAAGGAAGUUGGAGGCACCAACCCUAAAACUCCCCAUGGAUAUUCUGUAAAACCUUUCUAAGGGGUGUCACAGUGUAGAAGAGAACAGGCAGAAAGGAGUUGCUGUAAUGUAUAGUUCAUUGUGUUACCCUGGACGGAACAAAUUACCCUGGAAUUCAAUCAGGAACUGAAAAGUGCAAUGUAAAAUAUCUCCCAAAAUGCAUUUUCUACAUUUUUUAUUUUGUAAUUUGGUCUAGCUACAAAUGUUAGUUAGUUGAACUUAAUAGAUAUUAUUCAUGAAAGGUCUGAAAAUAACCAAAUUUUUUGGUGUCGUAAUAUUGCUUGAAAUGUUGGAAGAUGUUUACCGUUGAAGCCGGCGUGUCUGCUCUUCCGUGCUGCGGAGAUCAGCACCUUUCCCGCGACCUCAGAGUCAGUGCUUUCACAUGUCCUCCUGUUAGUGUGUGAGAAAAUUUUAGCCUCUCUAUGUCAUACCUAAGCCAUUAUGUUUUCCCAAAACUGGUGAGUUUCCCUUUAAAUGUGGAUAUGUAGGCUGUAACUUAUGAUUUCUAGUCAUAUGUUUUUGUGAAGUCUUGGGGUAACAUUGACCAUUUUUACAUUCUUGGAAAAUUUAAAUUGCUCCAACAGCUGCACAGAAUCCCUGCCGUGUGACACACACUGUAUUUAAUGAAAUAACCAUAUUUAUUAAUUGACUGUGAAAUGGAGAUAGCUUUUAACUGUAAUGAAACCGAACAUUGAGUUUUCCAGGAUUUUUCCUCCUCGUCGGAUGUGGACAGAGCCCUGUCGCCACCCAGAGAUCUUCGAAGCUCCCAGGUGAAACAGCCAAGCCCAGAAGAGCAGGAGGUGGCCAGGGUGAGGCGGGACUGGCCCAGAGCCUGGUCUUUGCUAGGAGAGGUCACUGAUUUACCUCGUGUCUGCAGAAGCCCUGAGACCCGGCUUCCAUGGAUGCCCCUGUGUUAACUAAAAACCAAAACAACACCCGGGUGACGCAUAGCCUCCGAAUCUGUAGUUGUCGAAUGUGGUGCUUAGUGCCUGUAUCCCCAGUGCUGUGUUCCCCUGUUGUAAAGAGUUGUUUAAUAAAAGAACGGUACAAAG